AGCGGUGAUCGACGGCAUUCCUAGGAGAACCGGAGGAUUUUAUUCAACUAACCAUGUCCCAGUCGGCGAAAACGGAAUUACCCAAAGAAGCAACAAAUGGCUCGGUAAACCCCAGUCCACCAGUUCCCAAAACAAAUGGCACCGCUGUCAAUGUAAAGCUGGAGGCCCUGAAGAGGCCCAGACAUGUUUCCGGAGGCGUUGAGGAAAUCGUAGAUCCCUUCUGCGAUCCGGAGCGUCCCCAGAGGAUCUCCUUUCACGAUGUCACCUCGGCUGCCUUUCUAAUUAAAGGCGGUGUGGAACGUACUCCUUGUCCGAAAUCCACCUCUUCGGAUCUAUAUGGCAUGGAAUUGUAUUUGAAAAAGGAUUUCCUACAGUACACUGGCAGCUUCAAGGAGCGUGGAGCACGCUAUGCCCUGCUCUCCUUGACCGAGGAACAGAAGCGAACCGGAGUGAUCAGUGCCUCGCUGGGAAACCACGCCCAGGCCCUGAGCUACCAUGGUUGGAAGCUGAACAUCCCAGUGACAGUAGUGAUGCCCAAGGCGGCGCCCAUCAUGAAGAUCCAAAAGUGCAGAAACUACAAGGCUCGGGUCAUCGUUGAGGGCAACGACAUGGGAGAGGCCAAGUCCCUGGCCAUGCGAAUGUCCCGGGAGGAGGGAUUGCUCUACGUGAAUGGUUACGAUCAUCCACACAUCAUGGCCGGCCAGGGAACUAUUGGCCUGGAGAUUCUGGAGCAAGUACCCGAUCCGGAUGCCGUGAUUGUGCCAGUGGGCGGCGGUGGCCUCAUAGCCGGCAUUGCCACAGCAGUGAAGGCCUUGUCCCCAAAAACUAAGAUUAUUGGCGUGGAGUCGGAGAAGUGUGCCAGCUUUACCAGGGCCAUGGAAAACAAUGGGCCCAUUAGCACACCCAUUAAAAAUACGCUGGCUGAUGGCCUGGCCGUCCCGAAAGUGGGCUACAAUGCCUAUGCCACGGCCAUGCCUCUGAUCGAUCGCAUGGUGGUGGUCAAGGAGGAGUGGAUUGCCGUUGCCAUUCUCCGCCUGGUGGAGGAGGAGAAGUGCGUGGUGGAAGGCGCUGGAGGUGCAGGACUAGCGGCCAUUUUGGCGGGUCAUCUGGAAGAGUUGAAGGGCAAGAAAGUUGUGGUGCUGCUCUGCGGUGGCAACAUAGACACCACAGUGUUCGGACGCUGUCUGGAGCGGGGAUUGGCCGCCGAGGGCCGUCUGGUGAAGUUCAAUGUGGAGGUCAGCGAUCGUCCCGGCGGCAUCAACGACCUGUGCGCCCUGCUGGUUCGUGUGGGUGUUUCCAUCAAGGACAUUAUGCAUGAGCGGGCCUGGCUCCGGGAUGUGUACACCGUGGAGGUGAAAGUCGUUUGCGAGACCGUGGACUGGACACACAGUCUCCAGCUGAAAAACGAGCUGAAGAAGUUCUACACCAAAGUGAACUUCUCGGACGUUCCCCUCGCUCUGGGCGACAGUGCCGACUCAUAGACAUUUUUGUAGACCUUGUAUAUAGUACACAUAUGAUUUUAUUCACUUCAGCAGCGCAGCAGAACUUAAAGCUUUAACUUAUGGUGUAAACAUAAUCGUAGUCGAAGUAGAAACGUAAAUUAGGCGUAAAUAAAUAUACAUAAAAUACAGAUGCUAAAAACGAA